AGCUGCGAACUCACACAAGUAAUCAGUGCAAGGCCAAGGCCUGAACACUGGCAGAAAAGCUGCCAUUUCGCGUUGUAGCCAGCAUCACAGACAUGUCUUUGUUUGACAAGAUAUUUCAUGGAGGAGAAAAGGCGACAAAGAAGCCAUGUGGACAAGAGGAGAUUGAGAACCUUCCUGAGAGAGAGGAGUUGUUGAUGAAGAAGAAAGACUUUCUGAAGAAAAAGAUUGACCAGGAACUUCUGUUCGCCAAGAAAAACAGCAGAAAAAACAGACGAGUGGCUCUGCUGGCGCUGAGAAGAAAGAAGUGGUACGAGAAGCAUCUCAAGUACAUUGACUGUGCUUAUAAAGCCUUGAGGUCCGCUCAUGAACACAUAGACAUUGUCAACAAGGUGACUGAACUGAUCAAGGACAUUACAGAGGAGGAUGUGACUGAGGACAUGUCAGACACCCUCUACACAUCUGUAAGCUUUGGAGUGGAAUUUGAUGAGGAUGAGCUGCUGGCAGAGCUGAAGAGGCUGGAAAAGAAUCUGGAUGAGAGUCUCUUUGAGAAGGACAGAACAGAGGAGAUAAUUCCUUGUUCCAAAGUGACGUCCACUGCAUCACCUUCCCGUCCUGCCAAGACUGAAGAAGACGAGGUUGAAGAUGAUUUAGAGUAUCUGCGUCGCUGGGCGGAUGAACCCUCAUAAACACACCAUCAGCCACACACUGUCAUUAAAAAGACAAGAGGAAGGUGCAGGAUGGAAUAAAUAGGCAGAAAUGAUGUGUUAUUGUUCAUAGUGUUUUAUGUUUGUGUGGACAUUUCUCUUCUCUCUACAGCAGUGUCAGUGAAAAACUGCAUGUCAGCGAAAGCACUUCAUGAAAUGCACGGGGUAUCGCAGAAACUACAGAAUUUAUAUUGUAGUAGAGUAUUAUGAACUCUGUAAUGCAGUAUUAUUAUAACACUAUAAUUACUUUAUGACCUAAUCUGACGUUAUCUGAACUCAACAUGUUUUGUCUACUUCCCCUCACACUAAUAUCAUUGUUGGAGCUACUCGUGCCUACUUUAAAAGCCUUCUCACACGUGGCUCUUAUUAAUUGGUGUAUUACCACAAAAUUGGUAUUUUUUGGUCUUCGCUGUAUCUGAGAGGUUCUUGUAAGGUUUUGUGAAACACAGUUGUGGCAUUCAUCCUGUUGGCUGGCGGAGUUUUUGUUUCAAAUUGUUAUGUUUUCAAAAUGUUAAAAAAAUAAACAUAUAUAUAACAAUAA